AUGCCGCUGCGUCUCACUUUCAUCGAUUUGAAGAAAGCCUUUGAUACAGUUGAGACCGAAGCGGUCAUGGAGGCCUUGGACAACCAAGGCGUCCUUACUCCAUAUAUAAAGAUACUUCGUGAGUUAUAUAGCAACUUCACGACCAAAAUUUCUCCGCUCUACAAUGAUGUCAUAGUCGACGUGAAGAGAGGGGUUCGUCAGGGCGACACAAUUUCACCCAAAAUAUUCAGUGCCACUCUCGAGAAGACGAUGCGAAGAUUGGAAUGGGAUAACAUGGGAGUGAAGUUAAGUGUUGAAUUUUGA